AUGGAGGCAGCAGUGGUGAGCGUGUCGCAUGGCGCCAUUGGCUUCAUGAUUGCGAAGCUUGGUGAUCUGCUCGCUGGCAAGUACAAGCUGCUGAAACAGGCCAAAGGCGAGAUAAUGUUCCUUAAAGCUGAGCUCGAGAGUAUGCGAGCAUUCCUGGAGAGGAUGUCGGAGGCGGAGGAGGAGCCCGACAAGCAAGCCAAGUGCUGGGCAAACGAGGUGCGUGAUCUGUCCUAUGACAUCGAGGACAGCGUCGAUGAGUUCAUGCUCCUGGUGGAAGGUGAGUCCAACGGCGAGCCCCAUGGGUUUAAGGGGUUCAUUCAUAGGAGCAUGAACUUGUUGACGACGAUGAACACUCGGCAAAAGGUCGGCAAGGAGUUCCAAGGCCUCAAGAGCCGUGUCAUGGAGGUGAGCGAGCGACGCAUGAGGUACAAGAUUGAUGAUGCUGUCUCAAAGCCAAACAAUACAACCAUAGACAUUCGCAUGCUGGCACUCUAUGCGGACACAUCGGGCCUUGUGGGUAUCGAUGGCCUGAGGGAUGAAUUAAUACACCUGAUGGUGGGUGAAGAGGGUGUUUCUGCACAACAGAGGAAGGUCCUCUCUAUAGAGGGAUUUGGAGGGCUUGGUAAGACUACACUUGCGAACCAGAUUUACCACAGGCUAAAGUGGCAGUACGAGUGUCAGGCUUUCGUUUCCGUGUCCCAGAAACCAAACAUACGAAUGAUUCUGAGAAGAAUGCUCUCUCAAGUUGGCUAUGUAGCGCUGGAGGGAACCAACAUGGAAAUAUGGGCAGAGGAUGAAAUGAUCAGUGCACUCAGACAAUUCCUUAUGGAUAAGAGGUACUUGAUUGUAAUUGAUGACAUUUGGGAUGAAACCACGUGGAAUGUUAUUAGAUGUGCUCUUCCUGAAAAUAUGUACGGUAGCAUGAUAAUAAUAACUACCAGAAUUAAUUCUGUGGCUAGAGCUUGCUGCUGCAAUCAACAUGACUAUGUUUAUAAGAUGAACUCACUAAGCAACAAAGAUUCAAGGAAGCUAUUUUUCAAAAGAGUGUUUGGUUCAGAGAAUGCUCGCCCUCUGUAUCUGCAAGAAGUUUCAGCUCAAAUUUUGAAAAGAUGUGGUGGCUUGCCUCUUGCAAUUGUGACUAUAUCUAGCCUUUUGGCUAGUGAGCGAAACAAAUUGAAGGAACAGUGGGUGCAUGUAAUGAAUUCUCUGGGCCCCAAUUUUGAGGUGAAUCCAACAUUGGAAGGAAUGAGGCAAAUACUGAGCCUUAGUUACAUAAAUCUUCCUCAUUAUUUGAAGACAUGCAUGCUAUAUUUGGGUAUGUAUCCAGAGGACUAUAUAAUCUGGAAAAAUGAUUUGGUCAGGGAAUGGGUGGCCCAAGGCUUUGUAAGUAAAGCACAUGGGAAAUAUCCAGAGGACGUUGCGGAGGGCUAUUUUAACGAGCUUGUUAACAGAGGCAUCAUUCAGCCAGUUGAUACCGAUCAUAAUAAUGAAGUGUUAUCUUGCAGACUGCAUGAUAUGAUGCUUGACCUUAUUAUACACAAAGGAAGUACGGCCAGAAAGAUAUCCUUGGCCCCAAGCACCCGAGAGGUUACUUCUGCUGCACACAUAAGUAUUCGCAGGGAUGCCAAGCGACAAAGCAGGUUUCUUAGAUUUGGACAGUCUGCCAUGUGGCAUGGCUCGAGCGAUGAGGGCAUCUCAGGUGCUAACCGACAUAUUUGCUCCGGCAUCUGUCCACGAACAGAGGAGACCCGUCCAAGGAUACUGAUGCGGGAGCUGUCCAUCCAACAGAACCUGCAUACAUUUCAACCACUGUUUCUUAGAUUUGGACAGCCUGCCAUGUGGCAUGGCUCGAGCGAUGAGGGCAUCUCAGGUGCUAACCGACAAAUUUGCUCCGGCAUCUGUCCACGAACAGAGGAGACCCGUCCAAGGAUACUGAUGCGGGAGCUGUCCAUCCAACAGAACCCGCAUAAAUUUCAACCACUGUUUCUUAGAUUUGGACAGCCUGCCAUGUGGAAUGGCUUGAGCGAUGAGGGCAUCUCAGGUGCUAACCGAGAAAUUUGCUCCGGCAUCUGUCCAGGAACAGAGGAGACCCGUCCAAGGAUACUGAUGCGGGAGCUGUCCAUCCAACAAAACCCGCAUACAUUUCAACCACUGUUUCUUAGAUUUGGACAGCCUGCCAUGUGGAAUGGCUUGAGCGAUGAGGGCAUCUCAGGUGCUAACCGAGAAAUUUGCUCCGGCAUCUGUCCAGGAACAGAGGAGACCCGUCCAAGGAUACUGAUGCGGGAGCUGUCCAUCCAACAGAACCCGCAUACAUUUCAACCACUGUUUGAACUAACCGGACGGAAUUAA